AUGACGCUACUCCUUUUGCUGGCGUGGUUGCUGCUUCCGUUCGGUACUUUCACUCUGGCACUUGGUAACUAUUCCGACUCAUGCGUUUGUCCCGUCAUCACUUCGGAGGUCGAUACGACUAUCCGGACAAUCGUGACAAUCUGGGUUCCACCUACCACGGGUGUGGUCACAGAAGUGGUCACUACAACGGUUGUGACAGAGGUGACCACUUGGGUUCUACCUGUGACCCGAUUCAAGGAUACCGCCCCUGCUCUCGCGUCUGCUUCUGUAGGCUACACGCCUUGCCCAUGCCCUACUAGUUCUCAAGAGGGUUCGACUUGGACUACCAGUGCAUACGCGUCUGACGCCACACUAACUGUCUCAUCUACGGAUGCCUACGGAACGACUGGAUCUCCCGCCGCGAGUGCUAACCCCCCAGACACGAGCAGCACAUCCCCUCCUUCGAUACCCGGUUCACACUCAGGAACAAGCAGUGCAAGAAGUACGCCGCUAGUAACGAGUGAUGAGACCACUCAGAUGUCUCCCACUUCCAGCAAUGGGGAGAUUUCCACGAGUUCCCCCACGACUGCAAUCUCAGCUUCCCGGAAUACUUCAUCUACUGCACAGUUUACAGCAAGCGGUAGUGUCACCAUGACUUCAUCGACCACCAGUGGCACCGACUCUUCAACGGUUGAGUUUAGCUCUACCAGCAAGGAGAGCAUCAGUACCACUGCAGGUAUCACAAGCACGAACCCUGUUUCACCUAGUGACACUGGAGGCGCAACGGCUAGCACGCAAACUCCUUCAGGUUCGUCCAGCUCAUCAGAGUCCUCCACGUCUUCUGACAAUAUGACCCUCCCUACCCCUCCGCCCUCUUCAGAAACUACGACAAAUGCACCUAGUGGAAGUGGACCAAGCGAAUCUGUCACAAGUUCAGCACCUCUGGGAACUUCUCCGACCUCCUCUCCCGAUAUACCUGAUCAAAGUACAACAGCUCCGACCGAAUCCCCUACUGGCACAGCUCUUCCCACAGCGCCUUCUUCAGAGAAUCCCACCAUGAGCGGACUUCCGAGCCAAAGUGAAACAACAGCGAGUGGCACACUCCUACCGACAGGUUCCCCAACUGUGAGUGUGACAUCACCUGAUGCCGUGCCAAGUCAAGGGGUGUCUACAGUUACGAGCCCCCCUACUGGCGGCGUGACUUCGCCUCCUGUGCUUUCCAGCAUGAGUGAGAACACCACCUUACCUCCGGUAUUUUCCAGCAUCAGCGAAAGUUCCACCUUGCCUCCUGUGUUUUCCAGCGUGGGCGAGAAUAGCACUUUGACUCCUGUAUUUUCCAGCGUCGACCAAAGUUCUACCUUGCCUCCUGUAUUUACCAGCAUUGGUGUAAGCACUACGUUUGGCCCAGGUCCUCCUGGUGGCGGCGGGAGUGGAACGACAACUCCGGCUCCUGGCCCUCCAGGCGGAGGCGGCGGCGGCGGUGGUGGUGGCGGUGGGAGUGGAACGACUACUCCGGCUCCGGGCCCUCCAGGAGGAGGAGGCGGGGGCGGUGGCGGCGGAGGCAAAGGAAGUUCUACUCCGGCUCCUGGUCCACCCGGCGGAGGCGGCGGUGGUGGUGGUGGAGGAGGUGGAGAGCCAACGCCGACUAAUCCACCACCUGGACAGCCAACGGGCACUCCGAAUCCCCCUCCGAAUCCAACUACGCCUGCUCCAACGGAUCCUACUAUGAGCAUGUCCACAACAUCAUCAUCAACCUCGUCAUCAUCUAGUUCUAGCUCCUCAUCGGCAGCUCCUGCCCCGACCGACUGCUUGGGUUUGACAGCGUUCGCAAGACAGGUCGUGACUAUUGAUGCUGUUGACUAUCUGGUUCCUUUGCAAGGCGAUCCAUCAUAUUUGCUUCUUCGCGAUGGAACCGAUGUCGCAAUUUAUGCAGACCACGUCCAGAUAGGUAGCACAUCGAUCACGGUGCCGAAAGGGAACUCGUCGACACCACAAGUCUCUACGCAAGGUCCGUAUACGAUUACCUUCAAACAGCGUACGCUCCCACCCAUUAUUCUUGCGCCUGCAGACACUUUGCCAGCUCGAUCGUUCGCCAGCAAGACUGCAGGGGACUAUAUUGCGUAUGCAAAGUCGUUACAAGACCCUAUUGGAGCUUUCCUGACUGCUGUAUUCGACUUCGUGGCUCGGUUCGAUGCACCAUCGGCCCAAGACGCAGAACAGCUUCUUGGUGAUGAAGUGAGCGCCUUCGAUAACAUCACAUCUAAGGCCAAGGCUCUCAGCACAUCACUACAAGACACCCGAGGCAAUCAAUGGGAAGGGUUUCUACUCCAAGCUUCGCUGCUCAACGCGCAGGAUGAUCAAGAGAAUCCGCUUGAGCCCCUGACUGGUGCAGCACAGACAUAUAUACAGACCGUAUUCGCCGGACAGCCAGGCAUCGACGACUUGUGCCAGCGUGCCCCUUGGAGAAUGGAAUCAUUGAACAACAUGGCCAACUUCUUGAUAUCUCCUGCUGCCUCUGAUGUCGCUAGGGUCCAAGCAUAUUUUCAGAGGUUAAGAACCAAGUUGAUGAACAAUGACCCAUCUGGACAGAAAGGACUCGUCAGCGGUGGUGGGCUGAUCGUGAAUGGCGCCGCGGCAUUCCACAUGGUUUCACGUAUGCAGCUCGCACAGCACACAGAACUGUUUGGAGAUGGCUCUUGGACAGUACAAAUGGCUGCCCCUUUGCCUCUGUGGUUCUUUGACUCGUUUCGCAAAUUUCUCGAUAGGUCACAGGGAUAUGCGCUUGGCAUACAGCCAGAGCUGGCUGAGUAUGCGGACUACGCCUAUGUCUUCACUACCGAUAUUGUACAAGGUUUCCCGAUCAUGCAGGCCUUUCAGCAGCAUCGUUUCGUCAAGUGGCUUUACAAAAAGCUCUCAGAGAAGGAAGAAGAUCCACAGGGAUUGGGAGUGAAGUGGAGCAUCCCUGAGUAUGGCUUGCACGAGGAACUGGCUGGGCUUGAACCACCCGAGUCAGACAUCGAAGACUGGGACAGCGAAACCGAUGAUCGCUCAGCGCUUGAAAGAAGAGCAUUGGAGGAAGUUGAUGUUUCUUGGAAAGGUCCAGCAUAUCCACAUCAUCGCUUGUUGAGUGCCAAGUCCACCGACCAACAAAAGUUGACGGGUCAGAAGUAUAAGAGAGACUCUAGCCUUGGAAAGGGUGUCACAAUCUUCGUAAUGGAUACAGGCUUCGAUCUAACAGGUAAUGUGGCCGCAGAUCUUCGAGUCGACACCUCUAAGCUGUGGAAAUACACUUACGUCGUACCCAACGAGAUCACACUAAAAGGCAAAGACCCAAGCACAUGGGGUCCUGAAAAUAUGGUCGAUAUUAGCCCAGUUCUGGGAAAGUUGGGACCGGACGAUCCCAAUGACUCGAUAAAGAACAUGGGUCAUGGGACACAGGUCGCUUCGUUAGCGGCGGGUUCAAAAUAUGGAGUGGCAAGCCAGGCAGAUGUUUACCUCAUCAAGAUAUUUUCUUCUUUCAAGGAAGACGGUGUCUGGAAAUUAUCAGUCUUGUCGCCGGAGACACUAAAAGAUGCUUUCGAGAGAAUCUUGCAAAUCGUGCGUCAACGCGUACUCAAUGGUCGAGCUGUAGUACAGUGUUCAUUGUUCACGACGAGACACUAUUUUGAUCUCCUCGGCUCUGAUAAGUUUCAGGAGGUGAGAAAUGUCUACCAAGACUACAUAUCCCGUCUCCGCAGUCGGGGAAUUGUGUUUGUCGCCUCGUCUGGCAACUAUGGGUUCAAACCCGAUGUUAACCCUAACCCUGCCAUCUCAUUUACUGGAGAAGGUCUGCCCAGUAAUUUGGAAGCGAGCGAUAACUGCUUUAUCAACGUGGGAGUGGUGGACAGGUAUGGCAGAGUCGGAACUUGGGCUAGUCCUGAGGGUAACCCUGAUCCGAAUGGACCUAGAGGAAGGAUCAACGUGUUUGCGCAGGGCUGGGAUCAACUGAGGGCGAUGGGACCAGGUGGUGCUGAGGUCCAGGUCGAGGGAACUUCUUUUUCUGCUCCUCAAGUGGCAGGAUUGGUUGCCUACUUUAUCUCCGAAAACCCGAACGACUUUACCUGGCAGCCUGGCUGGGGCCCGGAAGACGGUGCGAAGUUCUGCGGAAAGCUUAAGAAGAAGGUAAUAGACCUUGCAUAUGAUCGAGUACCCCUGUCCGCGCAGACAAAAGGGAUGCAACUUCCCUUUCCUGGUCCUACCGCUGUCCCGGUCGCUUACAACGGAGCCUGGGGUCCUCAAAACAGCUGCGGUUCAAACUCAGGCCAUGGUCUUGAGCAUUUAAUGCGAAUUGGUCUGGAUACAGACCCCGGCUCUCCUGAUUAUCAAUGUCCAGCACCUGCAACAACGCCCACGGCAUCACAAACAAGUGCAAGCGCUACGGCCACUGUAGCCCCGACCGACAAAACCACAUUAUCAACUUCGACAACAACGGUACAGAGCAGCUCAACCUCAUCUAUCGGGGCUAAGCCAACGAUUUGGUUCGACGGCCGUGGCUGCAAGCAGAAGGGUUGCACUGACGGCACUUGCAAGGAUGGCUUCAAGGCGACUUGCGCCGAUACAGACCAUUCGGAUCAAGCGACCUGUGUCUGCACAUGGGAAUCCGGUUGCGGACGAGGCAAGACGAGCUAUGGCGAGUGCGCAAAGCCUUGUCCAGAGGGUUUCGGUAUGCGGUGUGACUUAGAUGAUGAGCCUGUAACCUACCCCUUCGGAUUGUGCAAGUGUGAUAUUCAACUAUUGAACAGAACAGUCGUCGAAAUUGACGGCUAUCCUAUGAAGCUCUGGGGUUGA